AUGCAACGUCUUCUCCUCAUUGUAGUGCUUUUGAGGCAAAUAUUAGCAGCGCAGGAUGUCCUCUUUUUCCACAUUGAUCACCCUAGACAACUUGCCUACACCUACCAAAUGCAGCCUUCUCACAGUGUCGGAGUUCCGUUCCCGAAAUACUCUUACAAGAAGGCUUCACUCGUAUACGCGUAUCCCGCUCAUGGCUGCGAGCCUUUGAAAAACAAUCUCGGUCCUAAUGAAGUUGUUCUGCUGGAGAGAGGUGAAUGUUCGUUCGUAGAGAAAAUAAUAAACGCAGAAAACGCCGGGGCACUGAUAGCACUCGUAACAGACUCCCACUCAGAAUACACAUCUCUUUCUUUCAAAGGAGGCGACGAGUUCGUGGAUAUGGUGACUGAUUCAACGGAACGACAAGCGGGUAUACCUGCUGGUUAUAUCACGGGUGCUAGCGGACAACUUGCCUACACCUACCAAAUGCAGCCUUCUCACAGUGUCGGAGUUCCGUUCCCGAAAUACUCUUACAAGAAGGCUUCACUCGUAUACGCGUAUCCCGCUCAUGGCUGCGAGCCUUUGAAAAACAAUCUCGGUCCUAAUGAAGUUGUUCUGCUGGAGAGAGGGUUUGUUGUUACUACCACUGCUGUUACUUUUUCUAGUGAAUGUUCGUUCGUAGAGAAAAUAAUAAACGCAGAAAACGCCGGGGCACUGAUAGCACUCGUAACAGACUCCCACUCAGGAGGCGACGAGUUUGUGGAUAUGGUGACUGAUUCAACGGAACGACAAGCGGGUAUACCUGCUGGUUAUAUCACGGGUGCUAGCGGGUAUGUUGUCUUUUUAUGA